CCGCCCCCCGCCGGCUCCCCGGCUCAGUAGCAGCUAGGCGGGCGAUUCACCCGCCCCCCGGGCUUUUGUUCGGCUCCGCGGCCGUUGCAAGCAGGGUCCCCCCCGAUGUCCGCUGCGCCCGUCCGAUCCCCGACGCUGCGGCCCCACAGGAUGAAGAAAGACGAGUCGUUCCUGGGCAAGCUAGGCGGGACCCUGGCGAGGAAGAAGAAAGCCAAGGAGGUGAGUGACCUCCAAGAAGAAGGUAAAAAUGCUAUCAACGCACCAAUGAACCCAAGCGCUGUGGACAUCCAUCCAGAAGACACUCUAUUAGAGGAGAAUGAAGAACGCACUAUGAUUGAUCCUAACUCAAAAGAAGACCCCAAGUUCAAAGAACUGAUCAAGGUUCUAAUUGACUGGAUUAAUGAUGUGCUGGUGGAGGAGAGAAUCAUUGUCAAACAGCUUGAAGAGGACCUUUACGAUGGGCAGGUGCUGCAAAAGCUGCUAGAAAAAAUGGCUAACCGUAAACUGAAUGUUGCAGAAGUGACACAGUCUGAAAUUGGUCAGAAACAAAAGUUGCAGACAGUUCUGGAAGCUGUCCAUGAUUUGCUCCGACCCCAUGGCUGGACAAUCAAGUGGAAUGUUGACUCAAUCCAUGGCAAGAAUCUGAUUUCCAUUCUUCACCUUCUGGUAGCUUUGGCAAUGCAUUUCCGGGCUCCCAUUCGACUGCCUGAACAUGUGUCUGUACAAGUGGUAGUUGUACGGAAACGCGAAGGCCUCCUGCAGACAACUCAUGUUACAGAGGAGCUGACGACUACAACAGAGAUGAUGAUGGGAAGAUUUGAACGUGAUGCCUUUGACACACUUUUUGAUCAUGCACCAGACAAACUCAGCGUAGUCAAAAAGUCUCUGAUCACCUUUGUGAACAAACACUUGAAUAAACUGAAUUUGGAAGUAACAGAGUUAGAAACUCAGUUUGCAGAUGGUGUUUACUUGGUUUUGCUCAUGGGUCUCCUUGAAGACUAUUUUGUUCCACUUCACAACUUCUACUUAACACCUGAAAGUUUUGAUCAAAAGGUUCACAACGUUUCCUUUGCUUUUGAGCUGAUGCAAGAUGGAGGACUAAAGAAACCAAAAGCUCGCCCUGAAGAUGUUGUCAGUUUGGAUCUGAAGUCUACCCUCAGGGUUCUAUAUAACCUGUUCACAAAGUAUAAGAAUGUUGAGUGAUCCUGGAAGCUGCUGAGAUCUUCAUCCUUCCAACCUCCUGAGGCAGAAAUUACAAUAAAUGCACCCUCUGCACACUCCCAUUGUACCUUAUGCUGUACUUCAUGCAUUCUUUUGACAAUUGAUGUGAUUUCUCUGUAACUGUUUGUGUGACAAUCCCACUAAAAUUAAUACAUGUGUAUUCUCUUGUCCACUUGAUAAUGUGUAGCUAUUUCUCACUUUUACCAUAAGAUACUGUUAGAUCUGUUGUUACGAUCAACAGAUGUUCUUUUGAUAAAGGAAAUAUACCACUAACUACUUUAAUAAGCAAGGAAAACAUGAGACGUUUCUCAUGGCUGGAGACUCUGAUUCAGUAGACUUUCUUUUGUAUGCUCCUUGGUUGCAGCUGGCAUUUGAUGAUUUUCGAGGCUUAAGUGUUAGCAAUAGAAAAUAAGCAUUGGAAUUUAUGUAGAAACUGAGCCUCUUCUGUUAAAUAUGGUUAUUUAUGUUCUGUUGGGUAGGUGAGGCUGAGGAGAAUUACAGGCACUAUCUGAAGCUAAUGGCAAAAGUUUCAGAUUUUGUGCUACCCUCAUGCUACUCAGUGUUAUUUCCAUUCAGUGUUUACACAGAGUAAGUCUUGCAAUGAAAUGACCAGGUAACCUUUUGAUGUCUGUUUUUUAUUUCAUCUCCCUGCUAGAAGAAAUUUUGUUGCUAGAGUCACUGUCAUCUGUUAAGCACGCAGCUUCAAUCAGGUCAGUCAGGAGCUGGUCAAAUAGGCAAAAGCUGGAUUAAUGCUUUUUACCCGUGGUCAUGUCUGAAGCUAAUAUGGGGAAUAAUAAGCUUGGCAGUUUAAAGGCUAAUUCUUCAUUUCAUGUAGAUAAAGGAUCAAAUUCAUUCCUGCUGUAGUUACCGGCAGCUGUAUAGUUCGGGGUGGGGGGUGGGGUUUAGGCUUUUAUAAACAGAGUUUUAUGUAUUUUCUUUCCUAAAGAGUAAAUCUGAAUUCCUGUUUAAAGAAGAGCUUGCCUGUACUUAUGGAUUGCACUGGGCUAGUGAAGACGUGGUCUACGUAGUACAAACCAAUGGGUAGCACUCAAAUGUGAUGCUCUUCAGUGAUGAGUUAUGUUUCAAAUUAACUUCAAGUUGCCCUGUGCCACCCCAAGAAAUGCUCUGCAAGCCUUUGGCUUAGUCCUGUUGUCUUUUAAGCUGUUAUGAAUUUUAGUGGGAAUUAGUUUUAAAAAAGGAUUCCUACAUUGAUCUGGUGGACCCUAGUUGCUUCAUAGUACUUCACAGGUUUCAUCUGUAGAGCUGUGCCUGGCUGAUGAUGUGCUAGGUGCAGCAGUAGCCCAAACACUCCUCUGCUGCACUCUGUUUUUCAAGAUGAAAAACAAACAAUAUCAGAUUUUUUUAAAUCAGUUUAAACCUUACAGGAUUUCUUCCCCACACUCCAAUGCUUUCAAUAUUAAUGUAUUUUUUAAGAGUCUUUCCUGCUUUUUUAACAGUGUUUGCUCUGGAUUUCUAACUACUAAAAACCAGCCUUGCAUAUGAAAUUCUAGACUUGUAUGCUGGAGGCAUCCAGCCUUGUAACAAGAAUUGUGUACUGUAAGCAAGUUACAAUGCAAUGCUAUGUUUGCUAAAAUUUACAGCAGGAGUGUUAUGCAUGGUUUGGGACAGUUGUACUAUUUAUUCAAAUAAAUAAAUAAAUAUAA